GGAGACAUGGCUGGCGUUAAAGCUCUUGUGGCAUUAUCUUUCAGUGGGGCUAUUGGGCUGACUUUUCUGAUGCUGGGAUGUGCCUUAGAGGAUUAUGGCGUUUACUGGCCUUUGUUUGUCCUGAUUUUCCACGCCAUCUCUCCCAUCCCCUAUUUCACUGCCAAACGAGCAACAUAUGACUCCGAUGCAACAAGUAGUGCCUGUCGGGAACUGGCUUAUUUUUUCACUACAGGAAUUGUUGUUUCUGCCUUUGGAUUUCCUGUUAUUCUUGCUCGUGUGUCUGUGAUCAAAUGGGGAGCCUGUGGUCUGGUGCUGGCAGGCAAUGCAGUGAUUUUCCUUACAAUUCAAGGUUUCUUCCUUGUAUUUGGAAGAGGAGAUGAUUUUAGCUGGGAGCAGUGGUAGCCCCUGCUUUAUCCUGAUAAAAUGCAUUUAAUUUCUUAGAAUUCAUGCUGUAUGUAUAUGUGUGCACAUGUGGCCUUUUACUAUGAAAUUUAAUACGCUGGUGUUUUAUACCUUUGUAAUCAUGUUCACUUUAAGGAGGACUACAAGGGGAAAAGGCUAGUUUUAUUCCCAACCAGUAGACUUCUCCAAUUCACUCAAGUUGAGUUAUGUUGUUCAGCUGUUCAUAUAGUCAUAGUAUGGUGCUGUCAGAAAAUACGUCAACAUACAUUUGCCCACUCUGUGCCACGUCUCCACCUGUAGCCCAGGGAUGCGUUUGGGUGGGUCUAUAACACUGGGGUUAUCUCAGCUCUCCUCAGGACUUCCAGCAUAUACUUGUGGCCCCGUCUUUGUGUUGCAGACUCUUGCUUCUCAAAGUAUGGUCCAUAGGCUAGGAGCAUCAGCAUCUCAAAGUGUGGUCCAUAGGAGCUUAACUACAAAUGCAGAACCUGUGGCCCCACCUCCAACCCAGCUCACUUUGGUGAGCUCCCAAGUGAAUCCUAUGCACAUGAAAGUCUGAGAAGCAUGUUCAUGAAGAAAUAAGCAUUGCUGUCCCCUUGGCUGAACCACUUAGCCUGUGUGGGCAUUAGCUGCUUGGAAAAAGCUGUUUCCCUUCUGCUCAUGUUGAGGCCUAGUUCAGAUUCUCCUUGGUUUGUGCAGUGUCCAAACCCAUAAUUUAUAGGCUGUUCCUCAGGUUUGGGAAGUGUUCUCAGUACCG